GCAUUUAUAGAACCUGAAAUGUUUAGGUUGUUUUUUGAGCAUGGCAAAGGCCUCAAAAAGACAAUUAAUUUGCAUGAAAAACAAUAAUCUUUACAGUUUCAAUAGGGCCUUCACUGGCCCAACGUUGUCGCUGCUCGGGCCCUAAUAACUUUAGACUUACAGUGUUCAUGUGACUGCCAUUACACGGAUGUAGAGCUUACAAAAAAAUAGUGUUAGUGGUGGAUGACUUUGUACAAGGUGUUUUCAACACCUCAGAAACUUGCGACUUCCUCCUUCAUUUUAGAAAGAAAAAAAAAGAAAUUAUAACCAACCGGAGUUCCAGCAUUUACAUGUAGUCUGUGAGAACUGACCCUUUAGGACACAGUUGGCCACCUCAUGAGCGAUGGAGGAAAUCUACGCCAAUGUUGAAUAUGACAAGUCUGUUGACCGAGGACCUUCGACCAAUCCCACAGGUCCCAGGAGCUCAGAGAGGAGAUUUCAUGGAGCUGUUGUUCUCUGUCUGGGUAUGCUGAGUGUUUUCCUGCUGGCUGGACUCAUCGGCCUCGGUGUCCACUACAUGAUUGCAGAAGGUGAUUCAGCUGCAGAUCUCUCCACUAUCAAAGCCAACCUGACUGAGUGUCUCCAGGCCAGCGACUACAAGCUGUCCUCCGUGUCUGCAGAGAGAGACCGGCUGAACGCCAGCCUCACUGAAAUGACUAAAGAGUUGGACAGGCUUCAGAGUUUGUCCAAAGAGAAGAGCGCGUGUCCUGCAGGAUGGACGAUCAGAAUAGCCUGUUACUUCCUCUCUGGUGAGACUGGCUCCUGGGAUAAAGGCAGAGAGGACUGCAGAAACAGAGGAGCAGAUCUGCUGACGAUUAACAGCGCAAAAGAGCAGUCCGCUUAG